AGUGGUAGUUGCGGUCAAUUGAACUCGGAUCAGGUGGACAGUCAGCUGACUUUUGCACAAGCAGGAAGGGGAAGUCGCAGACUAGUCAUGUCAAACAGUUAAUACAUUUUUGUGCGUUUCUUUUAUUUAAUAGACGAAGGCUUCAAACUGUUAAAAAAAAUGUUCGUUGGGGACGAUGAGGACGGAGACUUCUUGUCUCCCACAGGAGGGGCCAAGCUGGCUUCCCUGUUUGGAUUAGACCAGGAAACCAGUCAGGGGAACGAGUCAUUCCAGUACACAGCCCCCAAACAGCCUAGAAAGAGCUCCAACCAAGCUCCAUCCAAUCAGAAGCCAGCUCUACAACCUGGAGCUCCAGCAGUAUUAUUUGCAACAGCAGUCCAAGCCUUCAGAUAUAUUAAUGGACAGUACAUGAAGCAGGGAAAGCUGGGAGCUGCUGUGCUGGGCAACCAUACAACAAAAGAGUACAAGCUGCUUCUGUAUUUAAGCCAACAGAAACAAGUAACCUCUGCCAAGAUUCACGUGGGCUUUGCUUUCACGGUACAGCAAAACAAUUAUUGCACUUUUUAUGAUGACCAGAGGCAGAACUGGUCCCUUAUGUUUGAGUCAGAGAAAUCAGCUUCAGACUUCUGCAAAGAGGUAUGUUUAGCAAAAGUGAACAGCGCUGCGACUGUAGAUGUAGUGGUACUCCAGGACCUCAGUCUUGGUGAGGGCCAGUCAGUGGAGAAUGGAGACUCUGUGGAGGUGGUGUACACGGGCUGGCUUUUGGAGAACCACACUUGUGGACAGAUGUUUGACUCCAACCAAAACAAAGACAAGUUGCUGCGACUGAAGAUUGGAGCUGGGAAAGUGAUCAGAGGCUGGGAGGAAGGGAUGCUGGGGAUGAAGAAGGCAGGCCGUCGUCUCAUUGUCAUCCCACCCGAUUUAGCUUACGGAUCUAAGGGUGUCCCUAACCGUGUCCCGGCUAACAGCACUCUUAUCUUUGAAGCAGAGCUUCGACGGGUCAAGUUCUCAAAGGACAGUGGCUCUGAUCGGGCAAGUGCUGGCUCCAGAGACUCUGCUGCUCCUUCCCCAGCCCUCAGUAUUGAAAAUCUGGUCCCAGAGCCCUCAGCACAGGCCCCCUCUUCAGGUUCAGGAAGACCAGGGGAGCCACCACUUCGUGCAAAGUCAAACUCUCUGAGUGAGCAGCUGGCUAACCCAGAUGCUACUAAAGCCAAACUGAUUUCUCGGAUGGCAAAAAUGGGCCAGCCCAUGCUGCCGUUUCUGACAGGGGCGGCCAGCCAGCCAGAAUCCAGUGACUCUGAGCUUGAGGACACCAGUGGCAGCAGAGCAAAGGAUCAUCCCGUAGUUUCAUCUCCAGUGCCGAUCACCACUGCUCCUGCAGCUGCUGCACACGUACAUCCUCAUCCUCAUGCUCCUCCCACCUCCGCCUUACUUCCUGUUAUGAGCACUGUGACAGCACAGCCUGGACUGCCAACCAGCAGCCACGCGUUCCAGACUCCACUGCAGCCUGUGGGCCAGGUCUACCCUGCACCAGCUGUCCCAUACAUGGGCUCUGGGGAUGUGACUUCCUUCUUGAUGACUGAGGCCAGACAGCAUAACACAGAGAUUCGCUUAGCUGUUGGAAAAGUAGGCGAUAAAGUGGAUCAGCUGGCUUCAAAGAUCGAUGAUCUUCAAAAGCAGGGGGGCCUUUCCACGGGUUUGUCUACUGUGUCGAUGGAAACCUCCAUGAUCUUGCACAAUAUCCAAAGAAUUGUUCAGGAAAAUGAGUGUUUAAAAAAAGAAGUGUUUGAGAAAAGUUCUCGCAUCGAGGAGCAAAACCGUAAGAUCGGAGAUCUCAUCAACCAGAACCAGAGGUACAUGGAGCAGAGUCACCUGAUGCUGGAACAGAGGAAUGACUCCCUCAAGUCGUCCAGUGAACAGAACCAGGCGAGACUGCUGCAGGCUGAGCAGGACAAACUGCAGUGCUGCUCUGAGGAAAAACUCCUAUUCACUGCUCUCUCUUCUCAGCAUCCUCUGCCUUUGGACCUGGGCUCUGGCCAGGUUCGUCUAACAGAGGACCUGGCUUCAGCGGCAGCGCGGGUGUCUCAGCUGCAGCUCGAAGCUUCAGCUCACCAGCAGAAGGCCGCGGAGCUGCAGGGUAAACUGAGCACAGCGCUGCAGGACGGUGAGAGCCGCUGCCAACGCGUCGCUGCCCUGGAAGCACAGCUGGAAGAGCUGAAGGAGGAGGCAGAGAGGGUUCAGACUCAGUACCGCUCAGAGAAACAAAGACGCAAAGAGACGGAGCUGAAAGUGAACACCAUGGAAGAGGAGCUGCAGGACCUGAAGACUGACAAGGAGAGCCUAGAACGAGCACUUUCAGAAAGAAAGAAGAAAUGGCAGGUGGAGCGUCAGCGUCGGGAUGAGGAGGUGGAGGAGCUCCGCAAGAGCAGCCAGCAGGAGCUCGACAACCUCCGAGCUCAACUUCGCAAGGCCAGGACCAGCAGUGACAACGCUGCAUCAGAACAGCUGUCUCAGCUGCAGGCAGAGCUUGAGCAGGAAUGGAAGGGCAAGUGUUCCCAGAUGUUGGCUUCAGCUAAAGGGCAGCACAGCAGAGAGGUGGCUGAACUAACAGAGCAGAGAGAGGGUCUGCAGGACAAGUUAACCCAGCUGCAGGAAAAGUUUACAGCUCUGAAGCAGCUGAGAGACUCAGAAGAACAUAGUCUGCUGCAGCAACACAAGCAUCAUGAGGAGUUGCACGCUCUUCAGGAAAAAUACACAGCCUUGGAGCAGCAGGGAGCGACUGUAAGACAGAAGCUGCGAAGACGAGUGGCAGAACUGGAGAGCAAACUGGAAGAGCAGGAGGCUUCUGGAGACACUGCAGCAGAGGUGAAGCGUGUGAUGAACGGAGUGUUCCACUCACUGCGAGGGGAGUUCGAUCUCACUGAAUCCUACACCGGCCAGGCUGUGCUGGGGGUCAUUGUCUCUACCAUUAAGAAUGUAACUCUGCAGCUCCUUAGUGCCAAAGGCGGGGCUGCAACAAGACCAAUUACAAAAGAGGAGGAAACAGCGGAGGAAGAGGAGAAAGAAGAGGUUGAAAAUGUGAAACAGGAAGAAGAACCUCACCAGAAUGUGCACAUAAAUGGAGAGACAGAGGUCAGAAAGGAAGAGGAGGAGGAGGAACAUGUGGCUGAUUCAGAUUCUCAUCAAGUCAGGGAGACUCGUGAGGAUCAGGAAGAAGCAGCUGAGGAGACGGUGUGUGAGUCAAACACAACAACUCAGGCAGAACAUUCACAAAGCACAGAUAUCCAUCCAGUUUCAACGACUGAACUCGAAUCAGAAGAGCUGACAAUAACGGCAGCACCAGGAGCAGAGUGCGAGGUACAGGAGGAGGAGGGGCAGCAACCUGCUCCUGAAAGCUCUGCAGAAGAUAAAGACACCAGCAAGUCUUUGGAUCCAGAUGAGCGUUCACCUGACGAUGGGCAAGAUGCUGUGUCAGAAAUGAACGCUGCAGUGACCAGUGAGGCAUGCGUGGACAGCGUGGAAGAUGAUGGAGAGGAUGUAGGAGAAAAAAAUGCUGCUUCUCAUAAAGCCUUUGGACCCCCAUCCAACCCGCCUCCACCACCGAGCGAACUUCAGGACACCUCGGGAGAGAACACAGGUCUGACUGGGAGAAUUGAUGAGGAAAAUGGAGAGGAGCCAUUUUUCCAGAACACAACUCCUGCCAAUCCCCCCGCAGCACCCAGCGAGGAGGAAGAGGAAGAGGAGAUGAGCCUAAAGGGGCGUCCACCACCUGCUCCCCUGUUUGGUGAUGACGAGGAUGAUGAUGAUCUGGACUGGAUGAACUGACAUGGAACCAGAGCACUAUUAGUCUGCGUCUUUUAAUUUCCAAAGCUACAAACACUGCAAGGUGUACCAGCUGUGUCUCCACGGUAGAGCCGUGAAGGUGAAAGAGAUGAACUGACUGAACAGAGGAUGGUCAGUCUAGCUCUGCAGCUCCGUGUGAUCCUGCUCAUUGAUCGGCUGCUGCAGACAAAGCAAAGCUUCAGCCUUGAAAGCCUGUAAUUAGAGGAAUCUAAUGAAAUGCCUUUCUGUACUUGUUUAAUAACAGUUGAUGAUGCAAUCAGUUCAGGCCCAGAUUUUAACAUGCAGUGUAGCAGAUUCACAUGCAGGAAUAAAUGAUUUCAGACUGUACUCGCUAAGUUUUUAAUCACAGUUUUAAAAACUGAACUUUUACGUACUUUUGUUAAGCUGAUAUUAAUUUCAAAAAAUAAAUGAUCAGAGACACGUGGCCUUUAUUGAC